AUAAUAAAGAAGACUUCAAGUUCCAUAAUUCUUUUCGUGCAAUAUUGGAGGAUACGGUCAGGCGGGAGAAGAUUAUUAGCCUUGGAUGUCUGAGUCGCUAUUUGUGCUGCAUGUGCAAUUCACAAAAUGAGAAAAGCGACAGAAAAUCAACUCAACACUCAGACGCUUGCAGAAUACAUCUUCCCGAAGAGUAAAGCAAAGGACUUCCCACUGCAGCAGCGCUCCUAACUACAUUUCACAUCUUUUCACCUGGAGACUCCAAUGAAGCGCUCUGAAGUCCCUAACCGGCUUUCUUACCCACCACCCAAGAGAGCGUUUCCACUUCAGAGCCCUGAGCUGUGUUACAGGGACAAACUGGGUCCACCUCAGCAUCCUCUUCACCCCCUGGGACCAGUGCAUUCAUUAGGAUUUGUUCCAAGCAGCCCAGCUAGCAUUGGAGCCCCAACAAAUAGGUGCCAUCACACUGGACUAGGUCCUCCACAGCACUCUGUUCAAGCCCCAAAGGCUUACUGCUCCUCACCAUUUGUUCCGUUCAGUCCAAGUAACAUUGGCACCUCAACUAAUAGGCCACAGCCCUCAACUCCCAGUAUUUUUCAUCAGGCAUCACCUCAAUUCAUGAAGGAUUUAAGCAACCACUCAUUGUCCCCCCACAUCAAGAGAGUUCAAGUGACUGAAUCCAAGGUCACUUUGUCUCACCCAGGAAGUAAAACUGUGACUGCGAAAAGUCAAGAAAAAAAUAAGGCUCAAUCCAGUGAUGUGCAGCAGCACAGAGCCCCUGUGAUCCCAUCACUCAAUAGCAGAGCAGCCCAAGAAGUUUAUCCACCCUCAGAGUCAGCACACUUGUGGACCCCGCUAGGCUGCCAGCUUUCUCCGAGUACCCAGUCUUCUGAUAGGGGUAGUGGUUCCAGUGUACCUAUCCCACACAGCCACAUAGCCCCUUGCCAGGGCCAACAACAUAAACGGGCAUCUUCAAGUGAAAAGUCAAUUCCAGCAGUGGAACUGAAUUGCUUAUCUAAGAAGAGGCCCAGGGAUUUUGAGGACAAUGAAGACAAUGCCAAGAAACUGUGUUUUCAGGGUGCAAACUCUGGCAAAGCAAAGGCACCUAAGCCCACUGGUGGCAACUUAAUCAGCACUUCACCCAAGACCACAGAGAGCCAUCUGUGCACAGAGUCAGCAUUUGGCCAAGCAACAAGCUUGGAACCAUCAUCCACCAUUAAAUCGUCUCAGUCAUUCUGCACAUCACUGUCACCCAAACCUAUAAAGGAAAGACCGCCAAUGGGGGCAAAGCAGGCCUAUAUAAAGUCCAGUGAAACUCAUAUUGUGCAGUUAGUGUCAUCUUCAAAACCCUGUGAAGAAAGAAUGAGGAGAAGAAGUGAGGACAGUGAUAAAAGGGGUAAAUCAAACCCUUUAUCCCCUGAAGCUCCCCAGAAAGAGACUAGUAGUUUACCUCAUGUUCGGUUAGGCAGCAGUCACUCUGGGCAUACUCACCAUAGUACCUCAGCCUUACCAGACAAGACCUUGAGCAGAGGUAAUGGUGUGGUAGAACGAAAUAAAACUGCCCGCCCACGAAGAUCUGUAGUCAUACCUGAUAAUGCAGAUGAGCUCUUUACCCCUGACCCUGUAACCUAUGUAGUCAGCCCUCCACAUAAGACUACAAAGUCAAAGAUAGAUAGAGCAACAAUCAAAUUACCCACCUCAGAGAAAAGUUGCUCAUCCAGCACUGCAAACAGCUCUAGUAACCCAGUUACUGGAUCCUUGUGUCACAAAACUCAGAACUCCACAGAUUCUGGUUCUGCUCAUGCAGGGGACACCAAAGUGUCUUUCUCAGCACAUAAUCCACAAAUCUUAAUGCCAACUGUAUGUUUACAGCGGGUAAAACCUGAAAACAUAAAACACCUUUGUUCUAAAGAUGGGGAACUCAAAAACAGUCGCUUCACUUCUUCAGGCAGGCAUGUUACAGAAGAGAGUGAUAAAUCUAGUGAGAAACAAACAUCUUUCAUUGUUGGGGAGGAGAGUUUAUGUCCUUUAGACACUAACACUACUGCAUCAAAACAGACUUCACCAUCCUCUUUUUCUAAGUCUUCACCACUGGAGAGGCUGCCAAGUGAAGGGAGCAGAAAGCAUGUGAAUGAAGAGGAUUCCACAGAUGUGGAGCUUGGCCUAAACUUUGAGUUAGAUUUGGAUCUAAGCCAGAGCUCACAUAGCAGCGAGGAUGAGCAGCUGCUUUCAUUUCAGGAGAUGAUGGCACGUGUCACCAAGCCUCCUGGUACACCAGAGAAGGGAGCCUUCUCAGAGCCUAGUACACCUGGACAUCACAGCUGCCAGUUAAAAACUCCUUUGCCGUCCACCACAAACUCAGGCAUUUACAAGAACAACCUUGAUCAGAUGCUGAAGGAAAUAAACAUGAGUAAAAAAGCUAAAGAGUUUGAGACACGGCUUCUAACUGCAUGUCAAGAAGACCUGUUGAGAAUAGCUGAGUAUGAGGAGUCAGAAGAGAACCAAGAGGAGGGCAUCUCCACAGAACAACAGGAAUUCCUGCAGCGUUACACACUGAUGUCCAAUGCAAUCAGAGAAGUGGCUCCAGGAGAAGUGGUGUUCAACCUGGGGAAAUUUGGCCAGAUCUUCAAUAAAGAUACACUGCAGCUCAGGAAUUGCAUGGUCAAUCCACAGGGGGCAGCACAGAAAACACUUCUUUGGUCCAGUCCUGUUCAGUUGAGAUUGCAUGUGAAUAUCGGUUUGAUCCAGGAAGCUUAUAACUGCUACUCACCCUGUCCAGCUCAGGUUACCCGUUUCUUUUUCAAGAUGAUGUCAGUUCAUCGUGAGAGGUUGGUAUCCAAAAACUUGCUACAGGCCCUCUGUGACAUUGCCUACACUGCUGCUUAUCAGAGAGCAAAAAAAGGAAGCCAGAAGUUUAAAGUGUGGGUGCCAAGUUUGGCUGAUGUGACACUGGUCCUGAUGAAUAUGGGAGUACCAUUUGUUGCUCUCUUCCCUCUUGAGAAUCUGCAGCCUUCAUUCACAGAGGGAGAUUUGCUAGAGGAUGACUAUAGGAAAAUUGAAAGUCCCUCCAGUAACACGGAACAGAGCACUUUCCCUGAACACAACUAUAAUAACGUCUUGAAGUACAUGGCUUAUAGUAUGAACCUCUGUCCAUGGGCGUACAGUGACGAUGAGCUGCUAUUGCUGCUAACUAUGGUGGGAAGAAUUAGCUUGGACACUCACCUCAUCCUCCAGUCCGGUGAAGACCUGCACCCUGUACAGCAUAAAGUUAUUGACAGCAUCAGGGACUGGGACACCAUGCUGCCCAGAAUCUGUCUGGCCCUCACUGAUUUGACAGAUGACCACCACAACAUGUGCCUGCUAGUUCAACGGCUGCCUGACAACAAACGUGGAAAGCAGCUGCGCCGACAUCUGAGCCUGUCCAUGAUCUCGAAGCUCUUGGAUGGAAAUUGCACUUACAGACCUAUAGAAAAAGAGUUUCAGCUCUCUAAUCUUAGGCCGUAUCUGCCCCGUAUGCAACCAUCCACCCUUCUUCGUGGUUUGCUGAGCUCCUCCAGCAGGAGUCAGAAAGAUAAAGAGGAGGACACGGCCACCCUUGACCAACAGGCAUACUACCUCUGCUAUAGCCUUCUGACCUUGGCAAAUGAAGCCUCAAAUUUUUACUUCUUCUCAGCUCAUCAGAAGGGGCAGCUGCUGUUACUGUGCUCUGAGUUGGAAACACAUGUUAAGUGUGACAUCAGAGAGAGUGAGAAAUGUCUUUACAGGAGCAAAGUAAAGGACCUGGUGGCCAGGAUCUCCACAAAGUGGCAGAUGCUCCUUCAGAGGACCAGGCCUCUACAUGAUAAGCUAUAUGAUUAUUGGCAGCCUCUGCCUGAGGAUACACCGAUCAACAGCCAAGAAGAGCAGGAGAUGGACAGCAGUGAUGAUGGAGAGGACACUUUGAUGGAAGGAGAUGAACAAGAGGAAGAAUCCAGUGGUGCUGAAGAUGAUGAAGCCAAAAAGGUCACUGACGAUGAGGAGCGGCUCGAGGCAGAAGAGGACAUGAUGCAAGAUGGAAAGCUAGGAGAAAAUGACGGCGACAGUUCAGUGGAUGACUCAAAUGAAACCAAAGAGGCGAUGGAUCAAGGGCCUAGGGAGUUGAACCAAGAUAUGCCAGAGACAGAGCCUCAAGUGCACAAGGAGGCUGGUAACACAGAGUGCAUUCAGGUGAACACUGAAAAUACGGUUGACAUGAGAACAACUACUCACCAUAACCAGAUAGCAGCAUAUGAUUUGGUGUCAUAGUUCUUGUUUUCAGGGCUUUAAAUGCUGUUGCCUUAAUAAUAAACUCAGUUUGCACUAAUUGCCUGUCAUGCCCUACCCCUAAGCUCAAUUUUCAGUACAAAUUUUAAUUAUUUAUGAAUAAAACCAUUUUGGAUGAGAGGCCUUAUCUAAUUUUUGGUUAAUACAGCUAAAGAAAUAAAAUAUACUUUUAAUGUGUCUUUUUUUGAAAAAUAACUUUCUGUCCAAAUUGCUCUUUAUGGUACCACUGUUUUUGGUCAUUCUGUUCUGUGCAAUAAGUAAAAAUAUGGAUAGCACAUAUGUGUCACAUAAUGCAGUUAACUGCCUACAGUGACCUGUUUAUUUGGGGUGCGAAACAUUUGCAUCCUGUUUGUCAUUUAUAUUCAUUUGUUAAAAUUUUGGAAUUUCUCAUAAGUCAUUUGUGUCUGUGCGCUCCUCAGCCAGCCUGAAUAACUGAAAAGCUGAUUGUGCUGUACUACAUGUAUGGUUUUAUGCUACAAAGACCCAAAUAGUUUUCCCAUUACAUGAGAAUAACUGACUCAUGUUUCCCUGGAUCCCAAUGGAAUAUCUGCAUUUACAUGGUGUGUUGACAAGGACUGGGCUAUGAUACAAACUCAUGAACAAUGGCUUCAUUUAGUUAAAGCAAAAUUUGCUUUUCAGAAUCUUAUGCAAUAUGUUUCCAUUAAGUUAGCUUAAAACCAUUAGGUUUUCUGCAGUUUUGUUACUUACAUUAACUAUUCAACUGCUGUAGGGUUUUUUCCCAGCAGAGCAGACAUGUUAGGAAAAUCACAGGCCUUACUAGUAGCCUUACUGAAUGCUCCGUUUCAUUCUCAUUUUGUCAGAGUAAAGCCUUGCCAGGCUGACCACAUAAACAACACCAUAAUGCUGAAACUGAGGCAACUAUAUUGAAUUCAACUAUCAUUUUGUUAUUUACACCUGUGCUUUUCCUACCCUGGUUUCAAAAAGGCUUUUUACAUUUACUUUGUAAAUAAUUCCCAUGCACAUAUUUUUGUUGACUUGUUAUAUUUUUACUGUUGAAUAUAUGCAU